CCUUGAUACCUCCAUUCUUACCAGGUGCAAAAAUUUCGAGAACCCUGCCUUUUGAAAGUUUUAGGGAAGGUUGGUAUAAUUUAUCGUUUUUUACAAAUAAAAGAUGUCGGAAUUACAAGAGCUAGCAGGAUUUUUGCAUGAUCAGAAUCCACAGGUGAGAAUGCUGGCUACACAGCAUUUACUCCCUUACACAGCAAGAAACAGCCCUCAAUUUGAUAUUUGGUUUAACAAUAAUUGUGAACCUGUGAAGGAUUUGAAGGCAUUAUUGAAAGAUAAACCACAAAUCGCUAGUCAAGCGAUUACCGCAUUGGUAAACGUAUCUCAGAAUGUGGCAGUUCGUAGGGUCUUGAUGGAUGAGGAAUUCUUGAAUCUUGUAUUCAGUAUUGUCACGAAUCCUGAGCACGGUCUCGCCGAUUUGACAUGUAUGCUUUUGUGCAAUUUAGCCAAGGAGGAGGAUUUUGUUCGCAUCUUAGACAUGAAAGUUCCUCUUCGCGAAUUUUCUCUUAGCAAAAAUAUUAUUGAUCAAUUGAUGGAUCUGUUCGUGAAGGGAACAAAUCAUGGUAUUAAUCAAUAUGCAAACUUUGACUUCCUUGCUAAUGUGUUUGCCGAUAUGACACGUUUUGAAAGAGGAAGAAAAUAUUUUACUACAAUUCAAGAAUAUGACAAUGUUUACCCUAUUUCAAAAUUGAUUGUUUUCACCGAACAUAACUCUAUGUUGCGCCGUACUGGUGUAGCAACCAUCAUCAAAAACAUUUGCUUUGAUACACCUUUCCACAAAAUCCUUAUGGACGAAGAAGGUGUAAAUUUGCUUCCAUAUAUUUUGCUUCCCUUGGCUGGUCCAGAAGAUAUGGAUGAAGAAGAUAUGGAGGGAAUGUUUGAUGAAUUGCAGUUGCUUCCCGAUGACAAGAAACGUGAACCAGAUAUGUUUAUAAUGAAAACACAUGUCGAGUCAUUGAUUUUGCUUUGCGCGACUCGUGAAGGUAGAGAACACUUGAGAAGUCGCAAAGUCUAUCCUAUUAUUCGUGAACUUCAUCUUCACGUUGAGGACGAAGAUCUACGAGGUCUAUGUGAUCAAUUGGUUCAAUUACUUGUCCGUGAUGAAGCUACCGGAGAGGACGAAAAAGCUAUUGAAAAUCCACCCGACGAGGAGGACGCUAUUAUAGAAGUCGAUUAGAUGUAUACUUUUUGGAAAGCAAGGAGACUAGGUGGGCACUAAGGUUAUUUUAGGUUUUGAGAAAUAUAAAUAAAAGUUUGGACUAUAUGGAUGCAAAACGAGAUUUCAUGUAAAUUAAUUGUUUUCAUACUAUUUACAGGAAUACAACCUUUCUCUCAUUCAUGGUUAGUUUGUUGAGUGUCGUUGAAGAUACGUACAUCCUGUGGUAAAAGACUGACGGGGUAUGAAAAUAAAUAUAGCAAGACGAUGGACGGGAUUGGCAUAUUUCUUAAACAAAAAAUAUGAUGGAAGGAUCAAGUAAAAGAUAUGGAAUAUAUAAUAUAAGCUUGAGUAAAAGAGACGAUUCCUUUGGGAAAAUGUAGUAACAGGAAUAUAUUUUCAUGUAGUGGCCCAAGCAGUUGGUGAUGUUGCCUACUUAUUUUUUAAAUUUGUGUUUGCUGAAUUGUGAAUAUGAUAUGAUAUCUUUGAUGAUGGCUGAAUUAGGACGGAGAAAUUACAAAGAAGGAAAACAGAAAAAAAUAGAAAUGGGAGAGAAGCAAGGAUAUCCGAACUUCUCUUGUAAUUAUUUUUUUUGUAACUUGUAGGAACGAGGAAACAGUGCUUUUUUCCCGCUAUGGGAAUUAUUAUCAAGGAAACAUGUCCUCCGAACCAACUUUGAAAGUAUAUGAAUGAAAUGGAAUAGUCUAUAAGAAACGUGGUAUGGAUGUGGGAAGCAACGACUCACUCGAUGCCAAAGUGGAGAAGCAGACUAGCUUCUUGUAGCUUUCUUAAGCUCAGAAACAGUAGUCACCACUGCUUCUUUGAUUCCUUUUUUGGUAGACAAAGAGGCGGAUCAUAUACCACUAAGAGAACAACGAAUUCCUGUCUCUAUGCCACCGGAAAUUUUCCCCAUGGCUUUCUUGAAGACCUUGGUCCAUGCUUCAAAAGUCACUGUGGAAUUAGCAAACGCGCAACGCGUAAACACACUUCAUAAUGGAGUCAAGACUCUUAGCAUAUAAAAUCCAUGCAAGAGAAGUAGCGUAUACAAAGAAAAAUCCAACAAGGUAAAUGGGAAGGAUCCAUAAAUUGUGACAUGAGUAUGCAGGGUAGACACAAGAGGAGAAAUGCAGCAGAACAGACUGGCACUGUGAUGUAGCAAGGCACAGAAUGAGUUAUUGAAUCGUUCUCUUUCUCAUGUGGUUGGGUUUCAUGGGAAAUUUCUAACGUCUCUAAAGAGAAAUCCGAAUUAGCACUAGAACUCGUCUAAAGCAACUCAUGGUUCAAACGACAUCAAUUUCAAAACGGGGAACAAAAAACCAAGAAAAAGAAAAAGAGUUAUUUUUGCAAUAAAAUGUUCAAUUCAUUUACCUGAUCAAGGAGGAGGUGGUAUCUUUUCUUCAGAGACUCUGGACUCAACGUAUUCAUUUUCCUUUUCUGCAAUGUCAUCAGAUGGAUGCCAAUUGUCCUGUCGCUUUUGUAAACUUGCAUAUUCCUUCUUCAUCAUAAAAGGUUAUGGUAAAGACUCAUCAGUGCAGUCAGUCAUCGACAAUAUCAUCCAGACAGUAGGAACAUGGAAAAGGCCUACCUUUAUCCAACUAUUGCUUUCAUGUUAAACAUAACGCACGUCAAAAAAUAAGAUGAAUAAUUACUUUUUGUAAAUAAAAUAAAAAGAAAAAAAAAAAAAAAAAAACGUUUGAAAACUUGCAUUCUACUGCUCCCUCUCCAUCAACUGUUUGUUUAUUUAUUUACAUGUCGAAAUUAAGAAUAAAUUCUUUGUUUAUUUACAUUUCGUCAUAAUCCGAGCAAGCUUUUCUGCCUCCUGUUCCCUCCCUACAACGUGUGGCCUAACUUAUCCUAUC